AUGUCGUCUUAUGCCGAGUCCGGGGCGCUUUCAAGGAGCUCCACGACACGGACGUCGACCAGCAAGGUCACGUCGCCUUCCAGCAGGACGGAAAACCGCAGCCCAGUGUCCACGGUGGACUCCCAUGCGUUUGACUAUGGCAUGAUUGGCAAGCGUCACUCGAUGCGGCGCCAAGGCUCGGAGAGCAAGGGGCGCUCCGGCUCGCCCUCGACAGGCCCGCCGCGACUUGUGACCCGGGGCUCGAGCCCGAAUGCGAUCGACAUGGGCACGAACUCGACCAACAACCAGUUCAGUUUUGGUGUGCGUGCCAAGCUCGGGACGGUAUUGCCCACUCUCAUCCAGAGCAUCCCGAUGGAUGAGCGCAACAACACAGUCUUCAUCGCCGAAUUUGGCUGUCUCAAUUCGCGAUCGAUGCAGCUGCUGCGCCCGAUCAUUGAUGAGUUUGCCAAGCUUGUCCCCGGCUCGGUGCUGGCGGAGACCCAGCGCGAGGCGCUCUCUGUCACAAAAGAUGCGGUGAAUGUCAACGGAAUUGCUACCGUCGACAGCACGGCCCUUUUGCAGGACCCGAUCGACUUUAUUGUGAUCCACGAGGAUUCGCCGCAGACGGAUUUCCGUGCAUUCACGCACAUUCUGGACACCCACCCUGAAUCGUACAUGAAUCCUGUGUGGCAGGCAUCGCACAAGCCUUCGCUGCAGAACGCAAUCUUCUCCUCCUUCGUCUCGCGGCCGUUUGGGUCGCGCAUUCUCCCCAAAGGCACCUUGCACUUUGGCUUCAGCUUGAUGGACUUGCACUGGACGCAUACCCCCAAUGCCAUGGACGUGUCAUUGGCCACUACCGCGCAAGCCGAACUGACCACCUUCCUCAUGGCGCGAGCGCACGAGUUCCGCCAGGGCGGCGUGUUUGUCAUGGCGUUCAUUGCGCGGUCAGAACCCGAAGAGGCGAACAAGAGCUCGCCCACCAACGGCACGACGCUUCCCGACCAGAUGGAGCAGCUGAGCCUGGGUGCAAAGACGGCCGAGUUUGCCCCCGAGGCCGCCAAGACAAUCCCGCCGUCGCGCGACAUUUGGGCGACGAUGACCGAGAUGCUGGUGCCUUGUUGA